AUGAAAAAUGAAAGUUUUUUAAAUUGUUUUCUUUUUCAUUUUGACAUAAUUGCUCGCAUUAAGAUUAAUAAAACUAUGCAAGCUCUGAAUGAAAGGCCCAAUGCUUCUUCAGAAAGCAAAGAGCCAAUUGCAUCACUAAAAAAUCCCUCAGAAGAAGCUCUCACAAAAACUUUAAACCCUAGUCAAGGCGAUAAUCCUCGAGAAAGCAAAAAAUCGGGAUUCAAACUUGAUUAUGAUCCAUUUCAAAAAGCAGACUUAGAAUUUGCUAAACCCCCUUUGAGCUAACAAAAAAAAUUUGUUUGCUCGGGUUAAUUUUUUUUAAAGAAUUUAUAUCCUUAAAAAAUUAAAAAACUGAGAAGCAAACAUUAUUUAAUUUACAAAAUUUAUGUUUUAAAUUGCAAGUUGUUUAAAAUUAAAAGAAUUUACUAUAAUAAUUAUCACUUAUCUAUUAAAAUAUGUUUUAAUAUAAAAAUUUUCGGAGCUCUUUGAGACGGCAAAAAUAUAAAAACUCAAAAAAUUUUAAUAUUAAAAAAAUUUUUGUUCACUUAUGGAAAAAAAAUAGGGUUUUUCCAAUCGUAUUGUUCGCUAACGGAGAGAAGGGGUAAGAGACACCGAAAUGCACGAAAAGUAAUGAAAAUUGAAGAGGCAAUGGACGAUCCAAAAUGUGAAAAAUGUAUGUGUUGUGGCUUGCCUGUUGAAGCUCAGCCGUUUUCACUUUGCUCUAGUCUCCAUGAAUUCAAUGAACUAGGUCCUGGAUUUCCACUAUUCUACUGAGUCAUCAAGUAUUCAGUGCUUAUGCUUAUGUUUGGCUUUUUUUUAGUUGGGAUAGCUUGUCUCAUGGUCAAACAUAAAGCCCAGCCCGAACCCUUGCCCCCAUCCCUCCGCCCCCCUCAAUUGUAAACUACUGAUUCUUGAUAAUAAUAAAUAUAGGAGAUAUUGCAAUAUUUUCUCUUCUAAACUAUUAAAAACAAUUUAUAACAUGUUUGAACAUAUAUUUAAUACUUUAUUUCUUAUCCUACUUUAUACAAAAUUUUAUAUAGUAAAAAUAUUUAAACUGAUAAAUAAAAGAUUUAAUAGAGAAAUACGCUGGAUACCACUUAUUUAUCGCGCUUUAAUCAUUAAUAUAUGUAAUUCUGUUUUAAAAUGGAUAGACGCAAAUAAAUCAUUUUAAUCAUAAUUAUGUAUCAAAGCACAUACAAUGUCAAGCGUCAAUCUUUCUAAAUUAAUACGAAAAAUAAAUUAUAUAUGAUUAAAUAGCUUAUUUUACAUAUAAAAAUGAUAUAUCUUACUUAAAUUUAAUACAAGCAUAAAACUAAAUUUGCUAGUCAUAUAAAAAUUUUAUAUAUAGCAAGAAUAUGAAAUAAAAUAUUAAAUAUAGUCUUAAAUAUGUUAUAAAUCGCGUUUUUAAUAGAUUAGGUUCGAAAUUAAUAUAACAUCUAUUAUAUUUCAUAUUAUCAGAAUAGGUAGUUUGGUAUUGAGGCUUAUGCUUGGCCAGCCUCAUAAGUAAUGUUGAUGCCGAUAGUGGAGACCAAUGGGGAAAUAAUAAUGACAGCUGAGCAAUAAAAGCAUCAGCUGGAAAUCAAGGUAGCAAUAAAAGUAUUAUUCCUCGCUGACAAUCAAUUUUGCAUAUAGUUUAUAUGAUUGUGAUCCUAAUAUCUUAUUAUUUCUUAAAGGCAGAUUUGGCAAGAAAAGAGGAAGACAUCGAUAUGUCCAUAACAAGUCCUUCUGAUUACACAAUUCUCGUAAGUGGCCUUGGAAAAGACUUCAUCGAAGAAGAGUUGAAAAUAUUUAUUGAGGAGCAUGGAAGAGACGAUAACUUGUCAGCAAAAGUGGUUAAAAUAAACAUUCCCUAUGAUAUUACUCACUAUAUUGAGGCCACAAGAAAAGCAGAAUACUGCAAGCAUGAACUAUUUCACCUUGAGCUUUACCAAAAAGAACACCCUAACGAAGUCCCAGCUAUAAAAACUUGUGGGUGCUGCAAAAGAAAAAUCGACACUGCAGAAAACUUAAAAAAGCAGCUAAAUGCAGCUCAAGAAGAAAUUGAUAAAUUUGAAGAAGAAUCGAAAGAUUUAAAAAACAAGCUGCUGAUUGGAAAAGCAUUCGUAACAUUUGAUAGCCAAAUUGAGGCUAGAUUAGUAGUAAAAAGAUAUGGGAAAAGCUUUGUUUCGCAGUUUUGAAGCCACUUGGUCGACAGUGCUUGUGGAGCUAUUUGUAAAGAAAAAUUCAUGUUUAAGUUCAAAAACAGGAACAUAUCUGCUGAGAUGGCUCCUGAGCCUUCUGAUAUAAUUUGGCAAAAUAUGAGUUUUUCGUUUAAAAAUAGGCUGAAAAAUAUUUUGGCUACUUAUUUCAUUACAUUGUUAGCUUUGUGUGCAUCAUUUGGGAUGAUUUAUGGAUGCACUAUUUAUCAGAGAAAGGUAUAUACAUAAAAUGGCGUAUGGCGACCGACCCACCCUCUCAGUGGUGGUUACCCAUGUAUAUCCGGGCAUGGUUUUUUGGAGCCAGGAAUUAACCCAACAACAUCUGGGACCUCGAAGCGAGAGGCCUAAGCGCGAGAGCCGCUGUUUUUGCGACCAGAUCCAUGGGCAGUUAUUCGUGACUUCUUUUUGCCAGCAGCGCUCAGCCCAGUGAGUGCCCGAAAUGAGGCAGGGUGAAUUACCUGCCUAAGCUGCUUUAGUGGCUCGCCCCGAAUGGCGAAAGCUGUUGAGUUCUUUCUCGGGAUGACCGGAAAAGAGGGGAGGCGAGUUAGACACCAAAACGGGGGUCUCUCCAGUUGAAAAGGUGCCCUUCAAUGGGCAGAUCUGGCGGACGACGAAGCGGAGUUGGCGUAAACUUAGGCGACGAUCCAAGUUGGAAAUGGAGGUGGUCAGCAAAGCAGGUAUGAGACGGCCCUUGACAAUGCCUCUACCGAGAAACCGGGGGUUUCGGCCCGGGCUUGGUGAACGCUCUGCCACCACACGGGAAACCGUGGCAUGCGACCUCGGACGUAGUAGGGACCUUAAAUACCCAGCGUAAUCUUAAUCUUAAUCUUAAUCAGAGAAAGGUAAAAGACGACGCAAGUCAUCAGGAUUUAUCGACUUCUGAUGAAUGAAAAAUUCGAUUAAAUGCGAUGUGGCCUGCAGUUGGGAUAGUUUUAAUCAAUUUUAUAUUAGGAAGAUGUGUCAGGUACUUUACAUCAUAUGAGAAAUACCAUACUUUUACCAGCUAUAACGCUUCUGUUGCUAUUAAACUGACUAUUGUGCAAUUUCUGAACACUGCAAUAAUUUCUCUUAUUGCAAAUUAUGAUUGGGAAAGCUACUGGUUCACGUCUGAAGGCUUAGCUGUAAAUAUCACUUACAUUUUCUUUUCUAACUCCUUUAUUGGACCACUAAUCUAUGUAUUUAGCCCUAUGGUUUGUAUAAAAGGAAUUAAACGAAGCUUAGCUAGAAGAGACAAAAUGUUAACCCAAGGCGAAGCAAACGCUAUAUUUGAUCCUCCCCAAGUGGAUAUGGCUCAGAGACAUGCAAAUAUUAUGAAAACCAUACUCCUCACGUUUUGUUAUGUCACUAUAAUUCCCGAAGCUUUCCUUAUCUCCUCUGCUGGAAUUGUUUUUGAAUACUGGGUAAAUAAAUAUAUGCUGAUAACCCGCCAUUGUAGACCAAUCAGACUAUCAGGACAUCUUACUAUGCUGAUGGUAAAAUUCAUUCCAUGAGCUGUGCUUGUCUACUCUAUUUUGCACUACUCAUACAUGAGGUUGCUAAGCCCAGACGACUCAGAGCCUGCUUUUAUUUGGAUGCUGAUCGUGAUAGGGAUUAUGUUUAUUCUGCCUUUGGAUUUAAUUAUUUCUCGAUGUAAUAGGGAAGACCUUAAGAAGUUUCAGCAAAUACAUACAGAUAAAUAUGAGGACGCUGCUAUUGAAUUCGUAGAUGAUUAUGAUAGGAAUAAUCCAGUAACUCAAGUGCAGGGCUGGAAGUAUAUUUUAGAAUUAAUGGAAAAGAAAGGCCUAAUUGAAGGGGAUAAUGCAAAUUAUCUAAAAAAACAAUUGGCGCCAUCAGAUUACUUUUUGCCAGGGCUGAAAAAUGUAUUAAAUAAUAUAAACACAGACCAAACUGUUGAGCAGAUACCUCAGCAGCCACAAGCAGAUGUGAAUCUUUUGAAUUUUAAUUUCAUGAAUUCUGCGAAAUAUAAAAAAUUUGCAGUGGGUCUUAGUGAGAUUAAAAAUGCAGUCGCAAAACAUCAGAAGCCUAAAAAAAUUCAUCAGUCUUAUGCUUAUUCUGCUCCAUAUCAGCACCAUUAUACUCCAAGCACUAAUUUAGUGUAUCCCGUUCUGCCGGCUAUUUAUAAUCAGCAAGUGACUGAUAAUUAUCAGCUUCAAAAUGUUCAGUAUCAGCAAUCCCAGCCAUAUCAAAUCACGCCUGUAAUUCCCCAAACUGUUCAAUAUCAGCAAUCUGGCCCGAUAUAUGAAAAUCAAUAUUAUGCGCAGCCAAUUCAGUAUCAGCCGAAUUAUGCUCAACCACAAUAUUAUAAUCAAAAUAUGAGUCCAUCGUAUUAUCCCCAACCCUAUUCACAAUUUUCAAACCCAUAUGCUCCUUUUUCUGGUAAUCAAUAUUAUCAAUAA